CUGAUUUUUUGCACACUCCACCAAAAUCACAAUCAACACCUGUUCGAACUACGCUCUGGCAAUUAAUUAAUUCCGUUUUCGCAAUUAAUUAAUCGAAUCGUGCCCUAAUUGGAGAUUCAUUAAGAAGAUGGAACAAGGUAACGAUUCUGUGGCGAAAGAUUUACAAAUCGUGAUGGGACUCAUGGCGAAAAACAAGAUUGAACUUCCGUCCACGGUGGUGCUUAAGGGGGAGAAAAUUCAACCCGUCGACCACACCUCGCUUCCCGACAUGUUGGUUGGGGGAGGGAAAGAGGGGGGAAAUCCUACCCCGUCGACGUCGACAUCGAGCAGCAAUCAAGCCGACGAGAAGAUGGAGACUGAGGAGGAACGGAUUGCAAAAGAAUUCGGGAAAGAGGAUGCUGCCGCCAAAGUCUACCAUUGCGCCGUGUGUCACCUCGAAGUCUCUGGCGAGGAGGUACGUCGCUGUGGAAAGUGUCGUCGCCGUGUCUACUGCGGGAAGGAGUGUCAACUUGUGGACUGGUCUUGCAAAGUCCGUGGGAAGGGUCAAGGGCACAAAAAUUGGUGCGGGAUUCCUUACGGGGAAGAAGACGAGGACUGGUGUGUCGCUCACGUGCCGGGAAAAGGUCUCGGAAUCGUGGCGAUGCGUUCUUUCUCUGCUAAAGAGAGAAUCCUGGUCGUGGAGCACCGUCCCAUCGCGGAGAUAUUCAGCGGCUCGGGCCUCACCAAGUCGGACACGGUCGGAUCGUUAGGCCGGCUCAAGAUGAUCAAUCAUGCCUGUGACUGCAAUGCUAGCCGGUUUCCGGUCGAGGAUGGUGCGAUGAGUGUCGUCGUUCUCCACGCUCAUCGAGACAUCGCCGCCGGUGAAGAGAUUACUGUCAGCUAUUCUGCCUUCAACGAGACGAGUUUCACUGCAAGCUCGGAAUCUGCCCAAGAGUCGAGGGCAUAUUUGCAGUCGACGUACAACAUCAUCUGCCGGGAGGACUGUUUCUGUCGAGACGAGAAUCUCGACCAAUUAAUCGAUGAGGGGAAAGGGAUUGAUCGGUCAUUGAAAAUUCCACAGCCGGAGAUACGUUCCAAGAAGUCUGUUAACACGAAGCUGCGCCAAAUCGAGGCACUUUUGUCGAUCCAGACCCAGGUCAAGGCGUCAUUUUUGGCGAGACUUUCCAUCCUAAAGCUGGGAUUCUGCUUGGCAGUCAUGCAGUCGGCCACACUGCCACUGGCGAUGCAGUAUUUGACCGAAGCGAAGGAAUUAUUGGUGUGUAUUUCACAUCCGAAGACAAAGGCUGUUCAAGAAUUUGAUCAACUUUUGGAGGAUGUGUCGACUUAUCCGGAGUAUUUGAAGUUUGAUUGAAUCGGAAAUUUUUCACAAAUAUUUCUGGGUGUAAAAGGAGGAUUUACUUAAUAUUUAUUUAUAUCUAUCCACAAAUUAUUCCAAAUUUGUAGUGCCAAUCAAAUUGUUACUUUUUGCAAUUUAAACUCUAUUUUUAGAGGUUGAUGAUUCAUGUUUCUUGUUAACUUGAAGUUAAUUAUUCAUAAAUAUUUAUGGGUGUAAAAGGAGGAUUUACUUUAUAUCGAUCUACAAAUUAUUCCAAAUUCUAAGUUUGUAGGUCCAAUCAAAUUGUUACUUUUUGUCAAUUUCAGUACUCUAUUUUUAGAGGUUGAUUAUUCAUCAAUUCAUGUUUCUUGUUUGAACUUUAAAUUUCAUUUCAAUAAAAUUUCAUUUGUUUGCAAA